AAGAGCGAAAAAAAAAAUCAGAGAAUCUAAAGAAAUCACAUCCUAUCCACAGAAGAAAAUGAAGCAAGGACUUCUCCAAUGGCAUCCUUGCCCCCGCCACCACCCCUCUCUCUCCUCCUCCUCCUUCCUCCUCCACUCGCCCAUCCAGAGAGCCAGAGUCGCCGGACGGCCCUCGCCUCCUCCUCCUCCGGCGGCAAUCUCCGCGGCUCUCGAGUCCGCCGGCGCCGAGGCCCUGACGGCUAGAGAGCGGAGGCAGCUCAGGAACCAGAAGAGAGAGAGCCGGGCAGCCUAUAACUGGCGGGAGGAAGUGGAGGAGCGGCUCAUCAAGAAGCCCAAGAAGCAGUACUCCUCCUGGACCGAGGAGCUCAACCUCGAUAACCUCGCCAAGUUGGGGCCUCAGUGGUGGAUCGUCCGCGUCUCCCGCGUCCGGGGCCAGGAGACCGCCGAUUUGAUCGCUCGCUCGCUCAUCAGGAGCUUCCCUGACGUCGAGUUCAAGGUAUAUGCUCCAGCUGUCCAAGAAAAGAGGAAAUUAAAGAAUGGUUCUUACUCCGUUAAAGCAAGGCCCCUCUUUCCAGGAUGUGUUUUCUUAAGAUGCAUUUUAAACAAGGAGUUACAUGACUUCAUUAGAGAAUGUGAUGGAGUUGGAGGCUUCGUGGGAUCAAAAGUUGGAAACACAAGAAGGCAGAUAAACAAGCCUCGGCCAGUAUCUGAGGAUGACAUGGAAGCUAUCUUCGGGAAGGCAAAAGAAGAACAAGAGAAGACCGACCGAGCUUUCAAGGAUGAGCAAGUUUCUGAAACCCUCAAGUCUGAAAAGCUUGAUCUUACGGAAGAUUCUUUGGAAUCUGCUAUAAAGCCAAAGCGCCAGUCCCAAAAAUCUUCCAGCACACUCGAUGGUUUAUCUGCUAAAGAAAAAUACAAGCUUCUUGUCCCGGGUUCCACUGUUAGAGUUCUGUCGGGAACUUUUGCGGGCUUUGAAGGCAGCCUCAAGAAGUUGAAUCGCAAGAAUAAAAAGGCUACUGUUGGAUUUGCACUAUUUGGGAAAGAAAGCUUGGUUGACUUGGAUGUGGAUGAAAUUGUACCGGAGGUGGCAUAACCAUGGAAUCUCUUUGAUGAAUCCCUGCCGAGUGGGUGAUUGACCCAGAGGCAUGCAGGCACAUAGGACCGUUGAUCAUCAUGCGCGUCGAUCUGGGUUGUUUUCUGUUGGUAUCGAAUGGAAAACAUUUAGAGAUCAAAAGUUCUACUCGAUACCAGGUGAGAGAAAUAGUAUCUUGUCAUCAAAGUGACCCGUAGAAAAUUCUAUCCAUUAGAUCACCAAAAAAAAUCUGAUUGAAGUUGUAGAAAGAAUAAUGCUAGGCCGGAGUCUGUACGCUAACAAGUCAGAUUCUAGUGAUCGAGCUGGUCAAUCUUCUUCUCAUUGCA